CUCAUCUAUCACGUGCGCCAGGGUCACGAGGCGUAGGCCAUGGCAACGGAGUGGUUAUUUAUGUGUUUUGUACCCGUUUGGGCAUAAUAUUCAUCAUAACUGUCCCUAAAAAUCAUAAACAUUCUUCCUAACUAUUAAUUCGUUGUUUUGAAUGCUUUGAUGCCAUCGAAAAUCAGGAUUGUUUUGGAGGGAUACGCGCGGUAUCGUGAUGGUAAGAAGUGGAAGAAGCGGUACUGCGUGUUGUCACUCUCACCAACGACACCCGAUGCUUUACAUUUAUACAUCACUAAAAGUUACGACGAUUUUGCAGCUUAUCGUAAUUCAGGUUCAGUGCUUACUGCAAUGCUUCCACCUGUUCGCAAAUUACAUGAAUUGCCAAUUUCUCCGGAAUCCCGGGCUUUACUUAGUGAUACUCCCAAUAUUAUACAAAGAUCAUCUGAUCACAAUCAAAAUACUUUAACUUCUCAAUCCUCCACAUUAGCUAAUUACUGUCCAUCGAUUACAACUUCUAGUGGUCCACUAAUUAAUACUGCAGCUCAUUCUUAUAAUAGUGCUUCAGGGAACACUUUAUCAGGGCUUGCAACAGCAUCAAAUUUAGCAUCAAGUGUUGGUGGUCCAGCACCUGUGGAUGAAAUCACAGGUUUUGAAAGUGGAUAUCAUAUGGAUAAAGAAUCAAAUAUUAUAGUCUUAAUUGGUGGAUCAUCUGUGUAUGCAUUAGCUUUAGCCGGUAUGGAUGAAAUGUUCUGUUGGGCUGAUAAUUUAGCUCGUAUCGUUGUUGACAAUCGAUUUCGAGUCACAUUACGUCAUAGUGGUGAUGGCAGUAAGCUAUUUCAAGGUCUUCAAGGCAGUUUGCAUGUACAACACUGGCGGCUGUGUUUAAUAGGUGAACCGUCAACUGGAUGUAAAUUUAUCUGUAACUGGCGACUAGAUCAUGUUGAUAAAGCAUAUACAAUGACAAUGCCUGCUCAAAGUGCAAAUCAAUUGUUAUCAAACAAUAGUAAUAAUAACUCCACCAGUACUUCUACUACUAUUACUGCUACGAGUAAUUCUAUGACAGGAAUCACCAAUAAUUCUACGACAUUUGGUUCAGCGAAUUUAACAACACCUGCCUCUUCCAUAUCUUCAUCUUCGUUUAAUACUGGUAAUCCAUUAAAUUUAGAUCAUCAUAGAACUGGAUUACGAACUGGAUUAACAACAAUGUCUACAGUGCCAACAGCAACAUUAAUAACAUCACCAAGUACUACUGCUUUCAAUAAUCCAAACAAAUAUUUGUUUUUCAUGGAAUGUAGUCCAGCUUCAGGAAAAGGUCGUGGUUCAUAUAUUUUUGAAAUUGAUGGUAGCCGAUUAGCUGAGUUAACAAUAGCUAUUGAGCAAUUUACUGCAUUACGUUAUAAUCCAAACUUGAAACCGGCUACAUGUGCAGAAGCGUCUCAAUUAACUGUUACAGCUCAAUCUAAUUUAGGUACAACAAAUUUUGGAACAAUUGAUCGUUGUAAUAAAAAUGAUAAUUUAUUUCGUAAUGGUAACCCUCCAAUAUGUACAAUACCAACUAAUAUUGGUAGCAGUGUAAUUGAUGAUUUAGGCAUUGCAUCAUCAUCAUUCUCAUCAGAUACAAGUAGUAAUCCACGAUCUUUCUCUCCAACCCAUCAUCAACAACAACAACAGUUAUCGAAAAGGCGUAGUCGUGAUAGUAUUUUUAAUCCUUUACGAAAAAUAUCAUCUGGACAUCAUAAUUUUAAUUUAUUUAAAGCAAAUGAUUAUCAAUCUUCAACAAUAGAUCGUCUUUUCAGUAAACAAACUAUGUCACAAUUCAUUGUUACUACUGCCACUACUACUACUACUUCUACUAUUAAUACUGCUACUACAACCACUUCCGGUACUGAACAAUCAUUAGUUCCUGUAUUACAUUCUAAAUAUAGUUGGAAUUUCCAAAGAACGUCAUCUUUAUCUCCUCCAGAUAUGAUUGUUAAUGAUUCCAUAUUGGAUAGUUAUAAUCCUAAUUCAUUGUCAAGAUGUGAUCAUUUACAUGAAAAUAGUUUUAAAGAACAAUUUAAUCUUAGUGGCGGUGGUGGUGUCAGUGUUGUUGCUACAACAAUUGGAGUAACAACUAAUGAUAAUAUUCAAGAAGGUAACAAUAGUCCAAUUGAAAUUUUGAAUUCAUCAGAUAAAACCUCGCAUAAUGUUGGCGAUUUCAUUACAGUAUCUAAUCCUGAUCAGUCAUCUAUGUCUAACAGUAAUAAUAAUAAUCCUAUUACCUCAUUUAUAUGUUCAUGUUCACCAUUAGGUAAUACUGGGACUAAAAAUAAUAGUAAUACAUUCCCAAUAUCUUCAUCGUCUCGUUUAGUUGAUGAUGUGAAUGUAUCAUCUUCAUCGUCUUCCUCCUCAUUAAUGAUUGUUCGUGAUAUAAUUAGAAAUAUGUCUGAAACGAAUUAUUUUCUUGAUGAUAAUAUACAAGUGGCUAAAGUUGCUGCUGGUCUAAUUAUUUCUAAAAAGCCACCUUACUAUCAUCACCAUCAACAACAACACUGUGGAAGUGGUUAUCCUACACGAAUCUCUGGGUUAACACCAGUUUGUACAAUUUUUACUGGCGCUUCUAAUACGACUAGUACUAGUACUGCUUGUGGUGCUGUAAAAACUGGCAACUGUAAACAAUCACUACCAUCAACAGUCCCUUCAUUCCGUGUUUCCUCUACAUCUUCAACUCGCCAUCAUCGACAUACUCAUCAUCAUCGCUUUAUUUUCGAUGGUCCUAAUUCUAGUGGUAAUCAAUCAUCAAGUGGAUGUUCUACAACUGCAGUUCUUCCAUCAGUUCCUAUUCCAUCUAUUGGAACUAAUUCUGAUAUCAAUCAUAAUUUUAUGCAUAGCUCAUUAUCAUCUUCCAGUGAAUAUAAUCGUACACAACUUCACCCUGAAUCAUUAUUAUCUAAACAAAGACAAUAUUCACAACAAUAUCAUGAUAAAUAUCAUGAUAGUUUAUUGAAUUUUAUUUCAUCUUGUCAAACCUAUAAUUCACUGAAUACAUCCACUUCAGAUUUAAAUUGUUCUACUACUACUACUACUACCUCGUCUUCAGUGGAAUCUACAUUAGAUCAAGUUGAUAAUAAGAACAUUUGUAAUACACAUAAAAAUAUUACUAAUACCAUUACUACUACUACUACUACAACUUGUGUUACAAGUAUCCGAAACUCUUCUAAUCAUGAAAUAUUUACAGCAGAUGAAGACUACUGGGAUUUACGUGAUAAUAGUAACUGUCAACAUAAAUUAUUAAUUCAGUCAUCAAAAAUAGAUUCAGCUAUAGUUGGCGUUGCCGAUACAUCAAAGGAAUCUGAUAAUCUCUGUGUUAUGACUGGUACAAUUCCAUCUGAUUCUGUUGAAGUGCAUACAUGUAAAGAAUCAUCGCCUUAUCCAUGUGGACUUAAUCAGUUUACCAAUACAUCAUUUAUUUAUCCUCAUUUCUAUUUGUCAUCAAUUGAACCUAGUCAGUGUAUUUACCGACAUCGAUUACAGCAAUAUCGAGUUUGUAAUUGUAUAUCAUUACUUCGAAGAUCAUUUUCUGCGAAUUCUAACAUUCAGUUCAUCGAUUUAUCAAAUAAUGAUCUUCAAAUUUUUAAUUUUCGUCCAUCUUUAACAUUGAGAACUAUGCGUUCAUUAGACAGUUGUAUUGUUCCUCGUUCAAAAUCUAUAAAUGAUAACAGUUCGAUUGAAAACACUAUUGGUGCUACUGAUCACGAUUCAAAGCUUUAUAGAACUUUGCAAUCAUAUAGUACCAAUCCGCAUAUCUCUGUUCAGUCCCCGCUAUGUAAAUCUUUUUGUGGAGGACGUUUUCAAAAAAUCCACAGAUUGUUUCAUCGUAAACAUCAUUCUCAAAGUCAUGAUAAUCUGGAAUGUAGGAAAACGUCAAUGGAUAGAUCAAAACUUUCAAACGAUAUAGAUUUCGACACACAACUAUGGGAUGAAGUGAAAUCUAAAAACAUUUUAUGUACUAAUAUACCGUUAUGGAAUUGUACUGGUAAUGAUGCUGAUACUGAUGAAACACAUGAAAAUCGUUGUGAUAGAAUUCUUGAUCUUUCGUAUCGAAUCUUUAUUUGCCCACGCCAUGGUGUUCAAAGUCUGCACUGGAACUUUAGUAGUGAUGAUGGUCAACAACAUAUUUCACGAUUAAAUACUAGCAGAAGAGAUAGUGUUUUUCAGUCUAAAAAGCUUUUAAAAUCGACACCUGUUGAUCAAAAGCAUUCAAAUGUAUCAACUCUACCGCCUCACCUUUUAAAUUCUAUCGCUUUACCUCGACCACUAUCCUUGGUACGUUUAACAACAGAAAAAUCAAAAUAUCAUUGUAGCAAAAGUUUUGAGCAUUAUACAAAGAACAAAGAAUCAAAAGUUACAAAUCUAAACUUUGACAAGGACAGUAAUGAUGGUAAUAAUGAUAUUACCUCUUCAAUCAUAGAUGCAACAAGCUCCUACACACUUCCUAAAAACAAAAUUUCCCAUUCAUUACCACCAUCAAAUACAACUAUCUCUUCAUCAACUCUAACCAAUCAACUACACAGUUUUCCUCCAAAUAAUAAUUAUUACUAUUAUGCACCGAUUAGUAAUAGAUGUCCAUCUUUAAUAUCAUUGAAUUCCUCAUCAUGUUCUGAACCAUGUUUAUCUAAAAUUAAUUUGAUCCAUUCAUUAUCAUCAUCAUUCUCUGUAGAUUAUAAUCAUGAUUUAUUAGAAGGACAUAAAUUAUUAUCAUUAAACAAAGACACUUCGGAAUCAUUCAAUAAUUCUCAACAAUAUGAAUCAUUAAUUUCAUCUUCAUCCUUAUCACGAAAUAUGAAAGAAAGAAAUAAUAAUAAUAGUGACAGUAUGUUGUCAGAUGCACAAAAAUUAUGUCAUUCAGAGAUGACUGUCGGCGGCUCAGUAUUAUUAUCGCCAUCCUCAUCACCACCAAUACCAUCCAUUGACUUGAAAUAUCAUCCAUUAUUCCGUUGUAAUAAUACUGUUGAGAAAUCUUUAGUUGGCUCUUUAUCUAACUAUUGUGAUGUUGAAUUUUUAAAUGAAUUACGCUUGUAUUUGUUAAGCAUGAGUUCUCAUCAUAAUGUUAUUAGUAAUAAUAAUAUGCCCGGUCUAAUUGAAUCUUCUCAACAGAGAAAAAACGUUAAUGAUACUGUUAUCGAAAAUGUUACAUGUAUACAUGAUAUGCACCACGGUAGUCAUGAUGAUUCUGGCAUGUUACAAUCAUCAUUACAUUCUGAUAAACAGACACAAUCCCUUUCAUCAUCCGCCUCCUCUUCAGGAGGACUAACAACAACGAAAAGUAGUGAUAUUACUUGGUCUAAAGCACUUUAUGGAAAUAGCACAAUCGAUAGCAAUAUCAAUGAAUCUAAUUAUUCCAUAAAUCAACUGUCUUGUAACAGUAGUACUAGUAAUAGUAACAAUAGACAAUCAUAUCUAUCUAAAUUGUUUGAUCGUUCUAUUAGUAGUCAUGUUAAAUCACUAUCUCCAUCAAUUAUCUCCCCUACAAUACGAGCGAAUACUUUACCAAGUACAAGAAUUCGUCAACAAUCAACUGAUCAUAAAAAUAUUUGGAAUAAUGUUAAUAAUCACCUCAUUUGUGUUAAUUCAUCAAAAGUGGAUACUACUAAUCGAGAUAUUGUUUCUAAUAGCAACAGCAAUAGUAGUGUCAAUCAAAAAGUCAAUAAUCGCUUACACUUUUUACAUCAUUCUGAUCAUCGAAAUUCCGCUAUGCAAGAUAAUCAUCAUUUUAAGAUAAAUACUACUAUCAGUAGUGAUAAAGUAAAUAACAUAUUAACUCGGAAAUUUUCCCAUCAAUCAGAAAUCGAUCACUUCUCUCGUAUCAUGACCGAAAAUAUCUCUAGCAGUAACAAUAAUAAGAAUAAUGUUAACAGACGAUCCAGAAAAUCCGAUGGACAACUUAAUGAUAAGUCUACACUUUCCAAUUGUAAUGUUGAACAACAAAUACCUGUUGAAUAUCCUGUCUAUAAUAAUUUGAUUGAAUUACGAGAAAAUGUCCGUCCUCUGAGUAAUGAUGGUGUUGGUAGUAUGUUGACUUAUGAUUUAAAAUCGAUUCCAUCCCUUCUGUCCUCGGAUAUAACAUCAAUAUCUGGAAGCUUACCAUCUGAGUCAUUAUUAUCAUCGCAAUCUCUACAUGUAACUAUCAGUGAAAAUAAUGGUUAUCAACAUCAUCACCAUCUCAAUCAGUUUACAACAGCCAAUUAUGUAAACUUACCAAUGUUCUGGUCUAAUCAUCAUUCUACUACUACUCCUACACCUUCGUCAAUGUUUUCUAGGUCAUCCACAUCAUGUCAACGACAACAUUCUACUGAUGUGACGGCGACGGCAACAACGACAAUUGAACCUCGAUUGUAUGCUAAUAUAAUGCCGUCCAAUACUAUCAGUAAAUAUCAAUCAGUUAGAAAUAAACAACAACACAGUAAAACUGACUUCAGUUUAUUAUCUAAAAAUCAUAUUCGUCAUAGUGGUGGUGGUAUUCCUCCCUCUGUGGCUGAUUGUACUGGUAAUAGUAGUAGUAGUAAUAGUUCAUUAACUGGCGAGUCACAACUGCCAUCAGGUGUUGUGAUUGAUCAUAAUUCGAAAAUUAUGGAUAUAUCGAAGAAAUCUCACUCUCUGGACCCUACUUCAGUAAUUAAUUUUAUCUCUACUACAACAUCAUCAACAAUACCUCAAUAUUGUCCAGUAGCAGUAGUGGCGAGAGCACAAGAAGCGGCAAAUUUAUCCACUAACUCUGAUUAUUCAAACCUACCUGAUGAGGUUCGUGAUCCUAGUCGGAAUUAUGCCAUGGUCGAUUUACGACCUAGUCCAGCAAGUUCCACUAUUCCACCUACAGAAUUAACACUGAACAUAAUUCAACAUCAUAGCGAUCAUCGUACUGGUCAAUUUACAACCUGUAACAGUAGUAGUACUAGUACUGGUAGUAGUAGUAGUAGUGGUGAUUGUACGAGUGAUGCAGCCACUCUAACAUCGGAUACUAUUGAAAGUUACGAAACUAUUGGCGCUUCUAAUAAUAACCAUUCUUAUAAUACUAGUAAACUAAACAAAUUGAAAUCAAAAAAUGCAAUUGAUACCGACUCAUAUGGUGGUCGUGGUGAUGAUGACAAAUUAUUAUCUGCCUCAAUUUCUUCAUCACGUCGUAGACACAGUCACAGUUUAUCAUCAGUGACUACAACAGACCAUCCAUCAAUUCUACUGAAUUAUAUUCAUGUUAUCGCUGCAUCCAAUGGUCGUUUUACAUCAUUAACUACAACUACCGAUGGUACCGUUCAAUUAUCUGGUCCAUGUUCUGUAGGUGAUUCUAAUCAUAACCAUAAUAAUAAGAGUUUAAUUUGCGAUAUAGGCAAUUCACGUAACUCAUCGAAUAGUAGUAGUAGUGCUCUUGGUGGAGUUACAUCAUCAUCGUCAUCAUCAUCACAUUCAACUGGAUCUUCUUUGGUACCUGCUUCAUCAACUUCAUUUGGUGAUACUUUUUCAUGCCGUUCUAUGACAUCAUCUGGUAUUUCGUCAGUAGAAGGUGGUGGCGGUGUGGCUGUUUCAGACAUGAUAGAACUAUCCAGUUGCUCACCAUCUGAUGAAAAUUGCGUCAACUAUACACAAAUUGAUUUUGCACGUACAAUGGCAUUAGGCGAAAUAUCUGGCGACAUUAUGGCUCAAGAAAACCAAAUGUUGCAUAAAUUACCUUCUACUACAACCGGCAUACGUAUCGCUAAUCGAUGGAGUAGUAGUAGUUCAAAUAAAAUUGAUCGUACUACAUCGGUUAAAAAAACAUUGUGUCGUUCUAUACGCCUGAUCGGUCGUGGAACUCGUAAAAAAGUUGGUUGAUUUGUAAGUGAAAAAAAAAGAAAAGCAACUGGCAUUUGUAUGUAAAUUCAGCUAUUUGUAGUUCACACAUUGUUAUGUUGUUUUUGGACAGAUGAUGCGCUAUUUUCUUCUUUUUAUAAAGAAUUUUUAUUGAAAUAGUAAUAUAGUGUUGGAUGAAUACUAUGUGCAAUUUGUUGAGGCUCUUUCUCUCUCUGUUAUCUGUCUUUGUUAUCGGAUCCUUCUCAUCAACCUUAUGCAUGAAUGGAAAUGUGGAUAAUAUGUAAUUUAGUGAUAGCUUGACUGUCAUCUGCCUGCUCAAAUUUUAUCCUUUCAUCAUUUAGUUUACUUAUGAAAAUUGACUUUUAUUUUUUAGUGAUUAUUUUUCAUUGUUCUCUUCUACGUAUAAACUGAAAUGUAUAUCCAAGCUAUUAUUACCACUACUACUAAAUAUUAUUUUAAUGGUGUCUCACUAGAUUUUUAUGUACUCCCUACCAUUGUUACUUUUUGUCCUAUAUAUAUAUAUAUAUAUAUAU